AUGGCAGUGAACAGUGGCGAUCGCGAUGGUCAAAAGGCGUGUGGGCAGUCCGGGAGUAGUAAUGGCGGCGAAGAUGGGAGUGCAUUGCAACGAACGAGAACAGCGAGCCCGGAGAACGGUAGAUCGAGUCCAACCAUCUUCAACCCAUACUAUACCGGAAGGCCGAGGACACCAGCGAAUGGCAGCAAGAGUUCGACGGUAGACCGGCAGGAGAUCAUCAGGCGCAUCAAGAGCAAUUCAUCACGACCUACAUCGCCCGAACUAGAGAAGUCGUGCCCAAUUGACAGGCAGGAGUUGAUAAGGAGGGUCCGGGGCCUGGAAUCAAGACCGACAUCGCCAGAGGUUGAACGACCUUUGUCGACUGAGCCGGGUAGGAAGCGGAGGUCCCCUGCGUCACGUCCAGCGACACCAGUCGUGCCUGACGCCCGGCCGAAGUCACGGGAAACACAGCAGGACAAUCACUCGAUUGGCAUGCAGAUUGAGAGGCCGAGAUCUGCCCUGCAUCGCGGAGACUUCAGGGAACGGCAGCAAAGUGAUGCUAUUGCUAUCGAACGCAGUGGCGAAGCAAGUCGCGACAGUGCUGCUCCCAGCCUUGCGACCUCUCCGGUCGCGCCGUGGCAUCCAGACUUCCCAGGCACCGCCUUCAGGCCCAAUCGUGAAAUACGAGCUUUUCCGCCUCCAGCACACUACGGUCCUCACAUACCAUCGAAUUCUGCACGAGAUCCCGCAGUAUCAAAUGUCUCGCUUUCUACGAGCUUUGCCUACAAAGCGCCGACGAGCCCCUUGGUGCAAUCAUCGCGACCUGACACGCCUGAGCCUUCCAAGUCUCCGAGCCCAGACAGGUCCAGAAGACACACCUUUGCACCACAGUCCUUCAAGUCUGUCCAGACGGCGCUGGAGUAUCCGGCAUCCGCUCGCACCCAUGACAGACCCGUACCUCCGCUUCGUUCCGAAAAGACAUUCCCCUACCAAGCACAUCAACCCCGGCAGUCGAUGAAUACAACUCCCUUCUCGAGCCUACCGCAGACUCCUGUUUCUGGUAUCAGGAGACCAUCUCUCACCGCCGACUCCCCGCUGCAGCAUGCCCCAAUGGUGGGAUCUUAUGAAGAAUCUAUUCUUCGCGGUCGCAUGUCUACCGUUCCGUCUAGGCCGCUGAACUUCAUGGCACAGAUUGGUGUACUUGGCAAAGGAAACUGCAGGUCAAACCUACGCUGUCCACCUCAUGUCAGUGUACCUUUUCCCGCGGUGUUCUACAGCUACGGUCAUGGUGCAAAGACACCCGCGAACGACCAGCCAAGUCCAUACGUAGGUCUACUAGAUCUCGAGAAUCAUCUGCCGUCCUUUGAGGAAGUUCGCGAUAAACGGCGAGAACGUGUGCUAGAGUCACGAAGCAACGAAGGAAGUCGGGCAAGCUCACCUAGAGGCUUCGGAGAGGAUGGCUCAGCUUCUGAUGCUACAAGAAAACGACGAAGGCAGAAAGCAAAACGCCGGUCUGGUUCUCCCAAGGCGCCGCCUGGAGGCAGUUAUCGAAUUCCGCAGCAAGGGCAGCUCCAGAUCGUGAUCAAGAAUCCUAACAAGACGGCAGUGAAGCUUUUCUUGGUGCCUUAUGACCUUUCGGACAUGGAGUCUGGUCAAAAGACUUUCAUACGCCAGCGGAGCUACUCAGCUGGCCCCAUUAUCGACAUGCCCCUAUGCUCGCGCAAUAAUUUCGGCACAGACAGACCUGAAGCCUCUCUCAAUCCAACAGGAGAUCCUAACGACAGACCAAUGCUAAGAUAUCUGAUACACUUACACAUUUGCUGUCCUUCGAAAGGCAGGUACUUCUUGUACAAGUCAGUCCGAGUUGUCUUUGCAAACCGCGUGCCAGACGGGAAGGAGAAACUUCGAAACGAAAUCCAGCUUCCUGAGCCCAGGUAUAGCGCAUACAAGCCCGGCAGAGACUCAGUUGCUGGGAGCACUGCUGUGAAUGAUGCAAAGAUGAGGAGGCGCAGUGCUGGCGGCCAACAGCACGCUCCCGACCGGGCAUGGUCAAUGGCGCAGUCGCUCCCAUCGCAUGAUUACGGACCUCGCAACGAUCAGCCGCCGCCACCUCUACCGCGUCACUCUACUGUGCUAUCCUCCCUUGAGUCACGACCGGGUAGUCGGCAGUACAGUGACGGCAUGGAUCUGGACUCGCACUCUCAAUGUUCACCUUCAGUGCGUUCGCCAACAUCAAGCAAUGGUGACCCAUGCAAGAGGCAUGCUGUGCCUCGUCUCCAGGAUCCAUUCAGCUUCGAGCGAGACACAAGCCGCGAACGCAGGAGCGGUGUCCGCAAUGAAUCUCUACUAUCGCAGCGCCUUAUGGACCUCGCGUUCCAAAAGCAGGCACGCUCGCAGGACAACGCGCCGUGA